CUUAUAUCUCUAUUCGCCGAUGUACGAAUUAUGCACCCGUCAGUACAGAGACCUCCCUAGUUCCUCCCUCACUCUCUCUCUGAUACUCGGUCACAAUGGCGUCGACGGUUCCCGAAAACCUAUCCCGAGACCAGUAUGUAUUCCUGGCCAAGCUGGCCGAGCAAGCCGAGCGCUACGAGGAAAUGGUUCAGUUCAUGCAGAAGCUGGUGCUCGGCUCGACCCCGGCCUCUGAGCUCUCCGUGGAAGAGCGGAACCUGCUCUCCGUGGCCUACAAGAACGUGAUCGGCUCGCUCCGAGCCGCGUGGCGCAUCGUCUCUUCGAUUGAGCAGAAAGAGGAGGGGCGCAAGAAUGAGGAGCACGUGGUCCUAAUCAAGGACUAUAGAUCCAAGGUUGAGUCCGAGCUCUCCGAGGUCUGCGACAGCAUUCUCAGGCUCCUCGACUCCAAUCUUGUGCCUUCCGCCUUGGCCAGCGAGUCAAAGGUCUUCUAUCUGAAGAUGAAGGGGGAUUAUCAUCGGUACAUGGCUGAGUUCAAGGUCGGGGAUGAGAGGAAAGCCGCGGCUGAGGAUACUAUGGUCGCGUACAAGGCUGCUCAGGACAUUGCGCUUACGGGUCUUGCUCCAACGCAUCCGAUAAGGUUGGGUUUAGCGCUCAAUUUCUCGGUGUUCUACUUCGAGAUUCUCAAUCAGUCGGAUAAAGCGUGCGGCAUGGCUAAACAGGCAUUUGAGGAGGCCAUUGCCGAGCUAGACACUUUAGGAGAAGAGUCAUACAAGGACAGCACCCUCAUCAUGCAACUGUUAAGGGACAACCUCACUCUUUGGACUUCUGAUGCACAGGACCAGCUAGACGAGCCAUAGGGUAUUGUAAGCUUGACCAGUCUUAGUCUUCUUCUCGAGGAGGUGGGCUUCAAAUGUCAUCUGUGCGCUGAUUAAAAGUGUGUAAUAUAUUGAUGAUUCUGGGCAUCAACCCAUGACGUGAUGUUUUAACAUUGAGACCAAAACUGUUCUCGACCUUUGGAAUUGGAUUGGAAAGGGUAGCAUUUAAAACGA